AUGAAAGGAAAAGAUACCAAUUUAGACAUAAUGCCUCCAAGGAAGAAGAAUAAAGGACCCAAUAAGAAGACGACUUUGAGCAAAUCCCAGAAACGGAAGCUGAACAAGUUGGAGGAAGAAAAGGAGAAAGAGAUCCUCUCUACCACAGAGUUGUUAGGGUAUGAUUGCACUUCUCUUCACUUCCCAAAUUCAUCAUCUUAUUUACUUUAUGUGUUUCUGCAGCAACUAGAGAAACGUAGGAGACCAAUACAACUCUCUAAAGCUGGUGUUGUGUCUGAGCAUUCUGAUGAACCAGUUAUGGACAAUGAUUCUUGCAUGGACGAGCCUACCACACUGGAACCUGCUGUAAACGUUGAUAUCCCGAGUCUUCAAACUGAUUCUGAGAAAUUUGUUAAUGCAAAUGAACUUGAUUUUAAAGUGACGAUUCCUGCUGAAGAGAUCUAUGAAGAAGAUAAACAUGCAGUGGAUAUGAAUCUACUGACAUCUGCUGGUUUUGGUUCAAAGCAAUUCAGCUCUCGAAGCGUGGUUAUCAGUAUCACACAAUCACAUCGUGUGGCUGUCCUCGCUACUGCCAAGAGAAUAGCGCAUGAACUUGGUGUUCGUCUCGGUCAAGCAGUCGGGUUUCAGGUUGGCGAGAACGCAACUAUCAAGUCUAUGACCGAAGGGGUUUUACUCCGUGAAAUUCAGAAUGAUUUCUUAUUAAGGCGUUACUCUGUGAUAAUUCUCGAUGAAGCUCAUGAAAGAAGCUUGAACACAGACAUUCUAAUUGGGAUGCUUUACUCAGAGUCAUCAAAAUCGACAUGA